CCUAAACAAAUCUAUUCAGCGUUAAAUGGACAUGUUAAUGCCCUUAAAGCUUGAAAAGAAACUGGUUUAAUAAAGAAGAUCCACUUGUUUGAUGUUAAUUUUAUUUUUAUUAACUUCAUAUUGAAAUACAGAGCGCUAGACCACACGCUAGCAAGGCGGUUGGCAGUAGUGCACCUUAAACGUCAGUUGCCAUUCGCCAUUAAAGGAAAAGAAGAAGAAGAGGCCUCGUUGCUAUUGGAUGAGCGCGAAAUUUGAAAUGAAACGCAAACAGUUAGGACCUGCUGUUUCUCACAGGGGAUAAACAAGCCUAACGCUAAAGUUAUUCAGCGAAAUUGGUUAGUUUACAUUUUAAAUAUACUGGUCGGAAAUAGCGCACCCUGUUUUUCAGUUUUUAAGAGCUUUAUGAAGUUAAAGCGCGAUGGAUAUAGAGACUUGUUUACGGUGUUUUGAAAACAGUUUGAGCUCAUAUACAGGAGACGACCCACUAGACCCAUGGGACAAGUUUGUGGAUUAUCUGGAGCAAAAAUCUGCAGGCAGUGGGAUGUCACUGGUGUUUGACAGUGUGGUGCAGAGAUUUUUGAAUGAUGAGCAAUAUGCAGAUGACAUCAGAUAUGUGAACUACUGCAUCAAAUCUGCAAGUUAUUAUUCUGACCCCACUGCGCUGUAUAGUCACAUCUACAGUAGAGGUAUCGGCACCAGGACUGCUGCCCUGUACGUGGCCUGGGCACAGCAGUUUGAAAAAAGAGGAAUGAACGAGCAGGCUGAUGCCGUGUACCAGAAAGCAAUGGAGAACCAAGCCCAGCCAGCUGACACUAUUCUCAACGAGCACAGGCAGUUUCAGUCAAGAGCCAGAAGCCACGCAUCAGUCUCAGCAGGAGUUCGAAACCCUUUGCAAAACUCCCAUUUAACCAAUCAGCUGUCAUCGCACAGAGAACCUGUAGCUCAGAACAAGGCCGCUGUGGAUUGUGUGCUCAAGCCACCCACAGUCAAAACCAUCAUUACUGUCUCUCGCUCAGAGACCUCAGGGACGAUUCCCUCCAGUCAAGCCUCCAGCGUUCAGACUGUGUCCGAGUACAUCGCGGACGAACUCGUCUGUGAGGGCUCUGAAUUCUCCUUCGAGGAGGUCCGAGCUGAGAAAUACUUCCGUCAGCUUCAGGAGAAGCAGGAGAAGGAGUGCAGGGAGAAGGUGGUGAGGGAGCAGGAGGAGGAAAUCCUGAGCAUUAAAUGCAUGCUGGAGAAAUUAAACCGGGAGCUGGAGGCCUGUGGAGGUUUAACCAGCCAGCCUUCAUCACAUAGGCUGUCUGUGGAGGAAACAGCCACCAGUGUGAACCCUCAGCCUACCCAGCAGUCCUUUGGACUUCCUCGUCCCUCACACCGUCUGAGCAGCAGGCGCUCGCUCGGCUUGAGAUUACACACUGAGCCGACCUUCAUGCAACAACAGGAGAACAACAGCCGAACUCCUCAGGUGUCCGUUCAUCCUCCUGUCCUGACUGACAGGAGCCUUCAGUUACCAAAACCUGCUCUGCCUUCAGCGUCCACAGAGCAGGCGUCCACCAUCCAGACCUCGACGGUUCAGCAGCCUUUAAGCUUCGAGGAAAUGAAUCUGUCGCUCCACAGAGCCGCCGUUAGCACCGAUGUCAUCUACCAAGGUGCUGGAGUGCAGCCCGGCAGCUCUGAGGACCGUCUACCCCCGGAGCGCAACAGCAGCACACAUCAGGAUGUCGGUUACCCACCAGAGCCUGAGGAGAGACUCAACACCUCACAGGGGGGCACAGGUAACCUGUCUCACGUCACUCCUAACACCUCACUGGGCUUCGUUCAGGCCACGCCGUCGAGGGUGCUGCCGUCACCAACUGUCAACACGCGAGAAGCACUGGAUGUGAUAAUGGACAUGUUCCAGGCCCCGACUCUCCUGGAGGACCCGUUCAGCAACACGUCGGUGCUCCACAGCGCUGCGAAGGAGGCUGAAGCCACACACCCGACAAAUGGAGGUGCUGUCCCAUUCAUCAAACCACUGACCACAGCGCCAUUCGCCAUCUUCCAGGACAACACUGAAAAAGAAAAUGGCGGUGUUGCUGCUCCCUCUAAGCCAAUCAGAGCUCUGGCUGAAAUCCCCGUGUCAAACAAGCCGAAUGACACUCCUCCCGAUCUGAUGCCCGACGAGAGCACCAUGUGGGGGGCUCGCUACAACUCGCUCAACUCGCUGGCCGCCUGUCCCAACAGCACCACAGACUUCGCCAUGUUGGCUCAGUUCGUCUCCACGCCGUUCGCACACAAAACGCCUUCCAGCACCAACUUCUACCAGGACAAAGAGAACAACUGUGAUGGCGGUGAUGCUGAUGACGAUGCUUUUGUCAGACGUCAGCCAAAAAAACUCAGCCCCAUCAUGGAGCAGAGUCCAUCCAAUGAGAAGCUCUCUGAAACGGCUGUCAGUCAGCUGCCUUCCUCUGAGAGACACGGCACCAUCGUCGGCGAAGGGCUGGCUGCAGCCCAGCUCUGCCUGACCGCCUCCUCCCUCACCAUGGUGCAGCCUCCACCUCCUGCUGUGCUCUCCUUCAGAGACCACACGAUCUGUCCCACGGACUCCUCUGUCCCCAGGGCCACAGCGCCCAGCUGGGACGUGUACAUGAGCCCCGAGCAGCCUGCCUCACAGGCCUCACGGCAACCAGAGGGCUCAUUCAAACCCAACAGUGAACCUUUCACUAUCAUGGAGGACCUGGACACACCUGCCAGCCCAGAAGGAGCCUGCAAACAAGCGUCUGAUGUCCCCAUGAGCCCAGAGUGCUCUCUUAAACCGGACUGGCUGACCAUCAGGAGCCCUGAGCUCCCAAUUGAGCCGGAUUUGGAUGCCUUCCUGAGUCCCCGUUGCUUCAGGAACGCAGACUCUGUCCUGAAGAGGAGCAUGGACGCCCCCAUCAGUCUGUCACAGCCAUGCGCCGACGUACCCAUGAGCCCGGAACAGCCGCCACAGUGCCGCACCAUGGACGAGGCCAUGAUGAGUCCAGAUAGAGUGCUGAGGCCGAGCGCAGACGUGUCCAUGAACGCAUCUCCAGCCAGGACAGCCGCCGCCCGGCUGGUGUCGGAUCCCUGGGACGAACAGCUGAUCUCUGAUCUGCUGUCAGCGCUCCACCCCCCUCUCACCUCUCACCCGCACUGCAUCACCUGGCAGUGCAACGUCCCCAGCAUCAACCCCAAGAUGACCAUCAGCAUGGGAAGAGCGUCUUUGCGAGUCGACUGCAUCCUCGGAGAAGGAGCCUUCGCUACAGUCUACCAGGCUACAGACCCCGUGACCUCACAGAGGAUGGUGUUAAAGGUUCAGAAGCCAGCCAAUCCCUGGGAGUUUUACAUCAACACUCAGCUGGACGCUCGGCUGCCGCCCGCCACCCGUCACCUUUACAGCAGCAUUCGUUCAGCUCACCUCUUCCGCAACGGGAGUGUGCUGCUCGCGGAGCUUCACAACUACGGCACUCUGCUGAAUGCAGUGAACAUCUAUAAAACCCUGAACGACAAGGUGAUGCCUCAGCCGCUCGUCAUGUACUUCACCAUCUGCAUCCUGAACAUGGUGGAGCGUCUGCACGGCAUCCACGUCAUCCACGCCGACAUCAAACCCGACAACUUCCUGCUAGGAGAGAGGUUCUUGGAGAACAAGUGUUUUGAGCCGGAGAACGAGGACCACGGCCUCGUCCUCAUCGACCUCGGGCAGAGCAUCGACAUGGAGCUUUUCCCAGAAGGCACUGCCUUCACUGCCAAGUGUUUGACGUCAGGCUUCCAGUGUACCGAGAUGCUCAGUGGGAAACCCUGGAACUAUCAGACGGAUUACUUCGGGAUAGCAGGGACUGUCCACUGCAUGCUCUUUGGGUCGUACAUGCAAGUGUCAAAUGAAGGCGGCGUGUGGAAGACAAACGGAGUAUUCAGAAGGAACCCCCACAGCGACCUGUGGCAGGACUUCUUCCACACUCUGCUGAACGUACCCGACUGCGACGCUCUGCCGAGCCUCCGGGGCCUCCGCUGCAAUCUGACGUCCGUCCUGCAGCGGGACUACGGCAGCAAACUGCAGACGCUCAAGAGCCGCCUGGUGGUUCUGCUGCUGGAGAGCCGCAAGGCCCGGAGAUGACGGAGACGGACCUCCUCCUCUGAAACCACGAGAGGUGUGGUGAAACGUCACCUCUCACGGCUCUUUUCUAUUUUGUACAUAUAAAACAUGUCAAUCCUUUAUUUGCUUUUUCUCUUCGUUUUAUCUGCUUCCAAACUGCUUGACAUCUGGAAGUGAUGACCGUUUUUCUUUGCAGAAUAAAAUUUGUGUUCAAGUGUC